AUGAUUGCAGGCGGCCUCGGUGGAAGCACAGGCGACAUGCUGAUGCACUCGCUCGACACAGUCAAGACACGGCAGCAGGGCGCGCCCACGGCUAUCAAAUACGCCACCACACCAAAGGCCUAUGCGACUAUCUUUAUGGAGGAAGGGUUGUUUCGCGGGUUGUACUCGGGGGUCACGCCGGCUUUCAUGGGCUCGUUGCCGGGAACUGUCAUCUUCUUUGGGACGUACGAGUACUCGAAACGCUACCUGAUCGAUUCCGGAUGUCCCGACAGUCUGGCGUACCUCGCUGGUGGCUUCAUCGGUGAUCUUUUUGCAUCGUUUGUUUACGUGCCGUCCGAGGUCCUCAAGACACGGCUACAGCUCCAGGGAAGGUAUAAUAAUCCCUAUUUCAAGAGUGGGUACAAUUACCGUAGCACUCUGGACGCCGCAAAGACUAUUGUUAGGGUCGAGGGCCCGGCUGCACUUUUCUACGGGUACAAAGCGACGAUCAUGCGAGACCUUCCGUUCUCCGCUCUGCAGUUUGCGUUCUACGAACAGUUCCGGAAGUGGGCUAAGCGGUAUUGCGGUCCUGGAAACGAUAUCGGACUCGGAUUUGAGAUCGGUACAGGUGCGAUGGCGGGUGGGUUGGCGGGAAUCAUCACCUGUCCUCUUGACGUCGUCAAAACCCGAUUGCAAACGCAAGUGCGCACCACCACCCCACCAUCCACCCCCGCCGCCACGCUCAAGAGCCAAUCCCGCGGCUUCCACACAACAACGCCCCGCCCAACCUCGAUCGGCUCUCCGUCAACAGCGCCCCCGCCGAGAGCCGGCGCCCUCAAACUCAACACCUCCAGCGUAUUCAUGGGCCUCCGGUUAAUCUACCGCACGGAGGGACUAGCAGGCUGGUUCCGUGGCGUCGGCCCCCGCGCCGUGUGGACCAGCGUGCAGAGCGGAAUUAUGCUCGUGUUGUAUCAGAGCCUGCUCAAGGAGAUGGAAAAAUCCUCGCAUGCUGAGGGCGAACCCGUGUAA